CUAAAAAUUCACAUUCAGAUCUCAUCUUUCUACUCCCAAAUUUUUGGCACCAUAAGUAAUUAGGCUUAACAAAUAAUAUACGUUUUGUUGAAAAUACUGUGACUAAAACCCAAGCCACUAGUUUGUGUGGACAUCAGUGGUUUAUAAACCCAAGGUUCUCAAAUCUACCACACCCAAAAACAAAAUAUCCUUUCUUUUUUGCAUAAUUGAAUAAAACCCAUAUCAAAAAAAUUAUCACAAAUUUCUUAGGGAGCAAAAGAACCGAAAUUUCUAUCUGGGAUUCGCUUAAAAAUCUAAUCUUUGGAGUGGGUUUCUUUUUCUUUUUCUUUUUCUUAUGGCAACUUCAAUUUCUGCUACUGGGUUUAAAGGUGGUUUGAGCUCUUCUUUUCAUGGAAGUUGGGGUACUUCAAUGGCUGGUGAAGAUUACACUAUGUUGGUUAAAUCAGUACCAACCUAUGUUCGAGUUGGGAGGAAGCCAAUCAGGUCUCAACCAAUGAUGAAGAACAUCAAUGAAGGAAAAGGUCUCUUUGCCCCAAUUGUUGUUGUGGCACGUGAUGUUAUUGGCAAGAAAAGGUUCAAUCAACUUAGGGGUAAAGCUAUUGCUUUACACUCACAGGUAAUUACUGAGUUUUGCAAAGCUAUAGGUGCUGAUGCAAAACAAAGACAAGGGCUUAUUCGUUUGGCCAAGAAAAAUGGAGAGAGGCUAGGGUUUCUUGCAUGAUGAGCUUGAAUUCUUUGGUUGGCUUUGGUGCCAUGCUGAGAAAGUUCAUGUUGUAGAUAAUGUGAUAAUCUGAUUUUGAAGUCAGAAACCAAUCUCUCUUUCUCACUCUCUUAUAUUCUCUUUCUCAUUCUUCAGUUUCUUUAGAUUGUAAUAUUUUCUCUCAGACCAAAUUACUUAAUGAUAAUUCAAGAUAAUUAGUACAA